GCAUGUGAGGUGUUCAAACAGCACCCACCUUUGCAUGGCACAUGCUCAAGCAUGUCAGUUAUUCUCAUUCUUCCUAGCCUCCUGUGCCUUUUAAAGGUGACAGGCUCCCCACAGUAUGAACAGUCCUGAACAGGAAGUUACCUUUUGAAAGUAUAGAAGAAUGCCAGUCUUCAUGCUUCUGAAGCUUCUCGUGGCUUCCUACCAUCCACACAAUAAUGUCCACAUCCUGUUCCUUGACAUCCAAGGACAGCAGCCAUCUGGUUCUGACCCUGCUGCCUGCCUUCCAGUCCCACUGGCUUCCUCUCUAUCAGCUAGUCUGGGAUCUGCAUCGUCUCCCCCAGUUCCAGACCAACCCUGCUCUUCUUCUGAGCCCAGAUCCUCUGUCACUUCCUCCCUGAAGCCUCCUUCAGUACCCUGGCCCCUCCUGCGAUAGCCCUGCCCCAGCCAGCACUUAGGUUCUGUCUUACUUGGGGCCUGAGCACUCUCUGUGCCCCCCAGCAGGGGCCUGGGUUCCCAGUGGGAUUCUGUACAUAGGUGUUGAGUGAUGGAAUGAACAAAUGGGUGAGUGGUCAGGAGUGGGAUUCUCUGUGGCCGGGACACUUCCUGCUGCAGGGUUUCCAUUUAAUGGAUGACCCAGAGAAAGACUCGGUCCCUCCUGAAGGAGGAACGGCAGGCAGGAGGGAAGAUGGGUCUGUCUUACAGGAUGCAGAGAGGUGAGGCAACCUCAUUUUCUUCUUCCAAGGAUCUGGGCAUCAGAUGGUAGCUGACUUAUUGCCAAGGCCCAGCCAUGUGCUCUGAGUGUUCACUGUCUGAACUUGCACUUGAAAAUGCAGGCCUAGGGGGCACCUCCCUUUCCUCCAGUGGCUAUUUUCUGGAAUCCAGCCACUGCUGGAACAUGAAUCUCAAUUUCUAUGCAAAUGGGAACAAAAAGGGCUGUAUCUGAUCUCUUUCAUGUCCUCCACAGAGACCAGCCCAGCUUUUUUUCAUAAGGGGGGCGGGGGAUCAGGCAAGCUCCCUGCUCAAGAGGAGGUCACAGGUUAUGGGGGAGAGAGGGCAGUACCAGAUGGAAAUUGCUAGACUGAAGGAUGAUAGACAACCAACUGGGCCACUCUGGAGCAGGGAGGGGUGCAUGGCCAGCACAGAGCUUGGGGGUGUGGCGGAGGCAGCAUCCGUGCUGGACGCCAAGGGGAGUUGGCAUCUUAAAGGUGGUAGGAUUUGGGUAAAAGGAGGAGAAGGGAAAAAGCACCCCAGGUGGAGGCCCUGAGAUAUGGGAGAGCCCUGGGUAUUAGACAGUGGGGAUUUCCUGCUUGGAUGGAGCAAAGCAUGGGAGAGGAGGUUAGAGAGUGAAUGGAAAGCAGUAUCAAAACAAGUUCACAGCCAUAUGUGCCAGAAGGCCUGAACCAGCCCUGAAUCAUUUAAAAUUUCCAAGUUCAGGGAUGCUUGAAAUAUGCCAAUUUCACAGAAAUGACCAGAAGUGCAAAAAAUCUACAAACUCAACAGUUGCGGCCAACCGGGUCAAAGAGCAAAGACCCGGGAGUAUAUGGCUGGUGACAGGGACACGCCGCUCACCUUGUUGGUGAAGAUACAGCCUGCCCUGCUUUUCAGGGUUGAGCCAUCCCCAGCACCUUGUUCUCUCCUGAAUGCGCAGUCAAUGACAGCCACUCCCAUCGUUCCCUUACUUUGAUCUUGGAGGGAGGCAGAGCAGUGGUUAAAAUUCUACUUUGCAGAAGAGGCACCUUAGGUCCAGAGAGGAGAGUAAUACAUUCAAGACCUUCAGAGCCUGAUGGCUCUGAGCUGGGGGACCCAUUCACCCCUGAGCCCCAUGCCCGUGGGGCUACUAGGCCAGUUCACGCCUGGGGUAGGAGGCACAGCACCUCCGGAAGCUUCAGUUCUAGGGGGCUAGUGCCGACAGCUAUUGGACCUCUGGGGUGUGCUGCUUCAUAGGGGCUUUUGCAAGGAGGGCAGAUAUGGGCUAGAAUCAUGCUGUCCUUGAGCUGGGAACAAACCUCAUCUUGGUGGCUGCCUGCAGGCUGUCUCUUAGGCCACGAAGGAUCUGGCAAGGAUGAAGAAAUGGGGGAGCUCAGAUUCAGGGCAGGCUGAGGACCCAUCCCAAGAGGACUCCUGCCCAGACCCCCUGGAUGGAGACCCUAAUUCCAGGUCAGCUCCAGCCAAGCCCCACUUCUUCCCCACGGCUAAGAGCCGCAGCCGGCUUUUUGGGAAGUGUGACUCAGAGGAGGCUUCACCUAUGGAUUGCUCUUACGAAGAAGGCCAGCUAGCCUCUUGCCCAGCCAUCACAGUCAACCCCGUUGUCAUCAUCCAGAGGCACGAGGAUGGCCCCACAUGUGCCAGGCAGCCGUCCCAGGAUUCUGUCACUGCCGGAUCUGAGAAGAGCCUCAAGCUCUACGAUCGCAGGAAGAUCUUUGAAGCCGUCGCUCAGAAUAACUGUGAGGAGCUGCAGAGCCUGCUGCUCUUCCUGCAGAGGAGCAAGAAGCACCUGAUGGACAGCGAGUUCAAAGACCCAGAGACAGGGAAGACCUGUCUGCUGAAAGCCAUGCUCAACCUGCACGAGGGACAGAAUGACACCAUCCCCCUGCUCUUGGAGAUUGCCCGGCAGACGGACAGCCUGAAGGAGUUGGUCAAUGCCAGCUACACAGACAGCUACUACAAGGGCCAGACGGCCCUGCACAUUGCCAUCGAGAGGCGGAACAUGGCACUAGUGACCCUCCUGGUGGAGAAUGGGGCAGACGUCCAGGCUGCAGCCAACGGGGACUUCUUUAAGAAAACCAAAGGGCGGCCUGGCUUCUACUUUGGUGAGCUGCCCCUCUCUUUGGCUGCAUGCACCAACCAGCUGGGCAUCGUGAAGUUCCUGCUGCAGAACUCUUGGCAGCCAGCGGACAUCAGCGCGAGGGACUCCGUGGGCAACACAGUGCUGCAUGCGCUGGUAGAGGUGGCCGACAACACAGCAGACAACACCAAGUUUGUGACAAGCAUGUACAAUGAGAUUCUGAUCCUGGGGGCCAAGCUCCACCCAACACUGAAGCUGGAGGAGCUCACCAACAAGAAGGGGCUGACACCACUGGCUCUGGCUGCCAGGACUGGGAAAAUUGGGGUCUUGGCCUAUAUUCUCCAGAGGGAGAUCCAGGAGCCCGAGUGCAGGCAUCUGUCCAGGAAGUUCACGGAAUGGGCGUAUGGGCCCGUGCACUCCUCGCUCUACGACCUGUCCUGCAUUGACACUUGUGAGAAGAACUCAGUGCUGGAGGUGAUCGCCUACAGCAGCAGUGAGACCCCUAAUCGCCACGACAUGCUUUUGGUGGAACCACUGAACCGACUCCUGCAGGACAAAUGGGACAGAUUUGUCAAGCGCAUCUUCUACUUCAACUUCUUUGUCUACUGCUUGUAUAUGAUCAUCUUCACCACAGCAGCCUACUACAGGCCUGUGGAUGGCUUGCCUCCCUAUAAGCUGAAACACACCAUUGGGGACUAUUUCCGAGUCACUGGCGAGAUUCUUUCUGUAUCAGGGGGAGUCUACUUCUUUUUCCGAGGGAUUCAAUAUUUCCUGCAGAGGCGGCCAUCCCUGAAGACCUUGUUUGUGGACAGCUACAGUGAAAUGCUUUUUUUUGUGCAGUCACUGUUCAUGCUGGGGACCGUGGUGCUGUACUUCUGCCACCACAAGGAGUACGUGGCCUCCAUGGUGUUCUCCCUGGCCAUGGGCUGGACCAACAUGCUCUACUACACCCGCGGCUUCCAGCAGAUGGGCAUCUAUGCUGUUAUGAUUGAGAAGAUGAUCCUGAGAGACCUGUGUCGCUUCAUGUUUGUCUACCUUGUUUUCUUGUUCGGGUUUUCCACAGCGGUGGUGACGCUGAUUGAGGAUGGGAAGAAUAACUCUGUGACAGCUGAGUCCACAUUGCACAGGUGGCGAGGGCCAGGCUGCCGGCCUCCUGACAGCUCCUACAACAGCCUUUACUCCACAUGUCUGGAGCUUUUCAAGUUCACCAUUGGUAUGGGUGAUCUGGAGUUCACAGAGAACUAUGACUUCAAGGCUGUCUUCAUCAUCUUGUUGCUGGCCUACGUGAUUCUCACCUAUAUUCUUCUGCUGAACAUGCUCAUCGCCCUCAUGGGUGAGACUGUUAACAAGAUUGCGCAGGAGAGCAAGAACAUCUGGAAGCUACAGAGAGCUAUCACCAUCCUGGACACGGAGAAGAGCUUCCUUAAAUGCAUGAGGAAGGCCUUCCGCUCAGGCAAGCUGUUGCAAGUGGGGUACACACCUGAUGGCAAGGAUGACUACAGGUGGUGUUUCAGGGUGGAUGAGGUCAACUGGACCACCUGGAACACCAAUGUAGGUAUCAUCAAUGAAGACCCAGGCAACUGUGAGGGCAUCAAGCGCACCCUGAGCUUCUCCCUGCGGUCAGGCAGAGUUUCAGGAAGAAACUGGAAGAACUUUGCCCUGGUUCCCCUUUUAAGAGAUGCAAGUACAAGAGAAAGGCCCUCUGCUCAACCAGAGGAAGUUCAUCUGAGACACUUUGCAGGGUCCCUCAAGCCAGAAGAUGCUGAGGUCUUCAAGGAUCCUGUUGCUUGAGGGGAAAAGUGAGGGACCCCUCUAGGGUACUCCUAACACUGUUGGGCCUCAGAAUAUCUCACUGUGGAGGGAACAACAGGGCCCUCUCAGCGGCCUGGCUUGGCCUGUGCCUGCCCAGGCACUUUCCUCCCCUGCUCUGCACAAGCUACGGGAAGCAUUGUUGGGUGCAUGGGGAGAGCUAGUCAUCCAGCCUCACUGUCCCCAAGGGAGUCUUCCACCAGGAAAUUAUUUUGCUCUCAUAUUUUUACUAACUUUGUUAGGUAUCAUGAAUGAUGAAUCUUGUGUGGACAUAUGUGAUGCCAUUGUUUUAUUUUAUAUGACUAGGAGUGAAUGUAAAUGAGGCCCAGGAAAACACCUCUUGGAACAAAACAAAACAUGUCCUUUGAUGUAAACUGCUGCAGCUGUUCUCUGUGUUGUGUUUAAUACCUCCUCCGAAACAGAGUGGGCUGAGGGGGGUGUCAUUUAUAUCUCAGAGAAGGUGGGGGAAGGCUGGCCCUAUUUCUAGCUCUGCCAGAAUCAGGUUUCGCUAGAGUGACUUCCUCGUUCUAUGUGAUACAUCAUGGCCCCCAAAACAGAACUCUUUUGCUGUCCAGAUGAAAGUACAGCACGUGUCUUAAAAGCAUGUGGCAAGAAUUUUUUCAUGGUCUUCCAUUUGUAGCAACUGUAGUCCUACUCCCCCGCAGUGGUCCUACUUCCACCUCCAUGCAUCCUGUCACUCAUCACAUAAAUAAAUAAAUAAACAAACAAAUAUCA